AUGUCUACCCAAGCAGCGCCAUCACCGACUUCGACUGCCAGGCACCCGGCCAACCGCCGCCGCGCCAGGACGACGUCGUACAACCCGGUCAAGUUCGUCGAGCGCAAGCUGUUUGAGCUCAAGCGCAAUGUGUGGGCCACCUACUCGCUCGGCAUGCUCGAGCCUUGGGAGAUUGUCCUCGUCGUCACCGUGGUCUCGGUCGUCUCGGCACUACUCUGGUACUCGCUCUUCUACCAUUUCCCCACUCACUUCCGCAAGGUCGUGCGCAGGGCCAUCUACUACAUCUACGGAUACACGCCCACCGCCAACGAGCCCAUCUCGUCGACCCUCGCACAAGGUCCGCCGCCAGCCGCCGCCGCCGCCGUAGCGGGGGUGUACGAUGCAGCCAAAGGGGCCGUCACCACCGCUGCACACACCGCCGCCAGCGCCACUGCGGGCGGCAAGGUCGAGCUCUAG